UAUCCACUCCCCCACUACCUCAAAGGCCUGGCAGGACUCCUCUUUUGCCUUUGUGUCUGCAGAGAGAAGGCGUGAAGGAGUAAUCACAGUGGGAAAAAGACUUACUGGGUCCUGAGGAUACUUUGGAUUUCUUUGGUCAACUGGGGAUGCCGGAGAACCACCACAGACGGACAACGUUUCACCUCUGAACCAUCCUGCAGCUUUUCUUCCACUUCCUUUUUCUUCCAGCGGGCCAUAGGUCACCUUUCUGGUUGUGCGGCGUCGUACUGUAAAGCUAAAACCUACUGAGGGGGCGUGUGGUAGCUCUGGACCAUGCUCUCCCUGUGGUGGCUCCUGCUCCCUUGCCUGAGCCUUGUCCCCGUGGCCCCAGCCGAGAAGGGCCUGGAGUUCCCCCAGUAUGACGGGAAAGACCGUGUUCUUGAUAUCAAUGACAAGAACUACAAGAAAGCCUUGAAGAAGCACAGCAUGCUUUGCCUUUUCUACCAUGAGGCCAUACCAGAGAGCAAGGAGCUGCAAAAACAACACCAGAUGACUGAGCUGGUGCUGGAGCUUGCAGCUCAGGUAAUGGAAGAGAAGGAUAUCGGCUUUGGAAUGGUUGACUCCCACAAAGAUGCAAAAGUGGCAAAGAAACUAGGCUUGGAGGAAGAGGGCAGCGUGUAUGUUUUUAAGGACGACAGGGUGAUUGAGUUCGACGGUUUGCUCUCUGCUAACACCCUGGUGGAGUUCUUAUUAGAUCUGUUGGAGGAGCCAGUGGAGGUGAUAGGAAAUGCCCUGGAGCUGAGAGCCUUCGACAGGAUGGAAGAAGACAUCCGACUCAUUGGUUACUUCAAGAGUGAAGACUCAGAGCACUAUGAAGCGUUUAAAGAAGCUGCAGAGCAAUUCCAGCCUUACAUUAAGUUCUUUGCCACGUUUGAAAAAUCUGUGGCCAAAGAGCUGACCCUGAAACUGAAUGAGGUAGACUUCUAUGAGCCCUUCAUGGAGGAGCCCGUCACCAUCCCAGGCAAGCCUCACUCCGAGGAGGAGCUGGUGGAAUUCAUAACCAAACACAGGCGACCAACCCUGAGGAAGCUUCGUGCAGAAGAUAUGUUUGAGACCUGGGAGGAUGAUAUCGAGGGCAUCCACAUUGUGGCUUUUGCCGAGGAGGAGGAUCCCGAUGGUUAUGAGUUCUUGGAGAUCCUGAAGGAGGUGGCCAGAGACAACACGCACCUUCCUGACCUCAGUAUCAUCUGGAUUGAUCCAGAUGACUUCCCCCUGCUAAUUCCCUACUGGGAGAAAACCUUCAAGGUGGACCUGUUCAGACCACAGAUCGGAGUUGUCAAUGUCACCGAUGCGGACAGUGUGUGGCUGCAAAUGGACGAUGAGGAGGACCUGCCCACCGCUCAGGAGCUGGAGGACUGGAUCGAAGAUGUGCUCUCUGGCAAAGUCAAUACAGAGGAUGAUGAUGAUGACGACGAUGACGAUGAUGACGAUGAUGAUGAUGAUGAUGAUGAUGACGAUGAUGAAGAUGACGAUGAUGAUGACACAGAUGAUGAUGAUGACGACAACGAUGACGACGAUGAUGAUGACGACGACGAUGAUGAUGAUGAUGAUGAUGAGUAAUUCAAAGCAUGAGCAUAAUAAAUGUUCUUCAGGAACUAUUCUCUAAGAAAUAACUGAACUAAGAAAUAACUGAACAUUUGUAUCUGGAGUAUGUGCCUUCUAGAUGAUUUAAUAUCCAUGAUGUCAUUCCAUGCAAAUGUAAAUAAACCUGGAAUGGGCUUUGGACUUUAAAAUCUUAUCUACUUAAAUAAAUAUAAACAUAAGCCAUUGUUAAUAAUAAUAAAGGACUGUCCAUGUCA